AUGGUGCCCUCAAGGGUUUGUUGUCGCCCGCCGUGCGUCGAGGCACUGCCCUCCCAACGAGGGAAAUGUUUCGGCCAUCGCACUGUCCACAGUGGCGUCGCAGUGGAGGACGAGGGACUGACUGAGCAGGAGGGCAAGCCAACGCCUGGAUCUUCAAGAUCGUCAACCGACCCCCAGAAUCGAGGGACCGGGCGCGCAACGCGACAUCAGUCUACUGCAGUUGAACAUGUUCCACUCAAUUGCAGUAACGAGAAAGGUCUUUCAGCUCAUUCGUCAACAGCAUCUGGACAUACUAGUGCUCCAAGAGGCGUAUGCCAUUUGUGA